AUGGCGUCACUGCUACUCGAGCAGCAGGAGAAGCUGCGGCGGCACGUCGACGAGUGGCGCUUCCGCUCCCGCGCCGCCCUCUCCGAACUCAGCUCCGGCUCCGGACCACCCUCCCCAGCUCCCUCCGUGCCCUCCGGUCCCGUCAGGCUCUGCGUGGCCCCCGCCGACCCCGCGGGGGCUGGCGCCGCGUCCUUACUUCUGACCCCCGCGGCGGCCGAUGACAACGUCGCGGUCGCCAAGUUCGUCGCCGUGCUGUCGCACUCCUGCAUCGAGAUAUCACGCCUUUCUGAUGCGGCUUCAAAGGGUCUCUACCGGCAACUGCUCCUCUUUGGGCACUGCGCAGGGGGUUCUGGUGAGGCACUUCUGGAGGGGGAGCCACAGAAGAUGUUUGCCCACUCAAUUCCGUUGUUGCUCGAGCUGUAUGAGAUUGUCAAUGGGCUGAUAGUGAUUCUUGGGAAUCUGCUGCGGCAACUUGAUGUGAUCUGCUCAGUGUGGGACAAGAAUGUUCGACCAUUGAAUUCAUUCAGAAGUUUUGAUUUGAGGACAGUGUUUGCAUUGCUUGGUGAGGGGCUUUCAGUGUUCCUAUUAUUGGAUGAAAUCUUGAGGCACAACGGCAAUGUCAGAAGCCACUUAUCAUUGUUCUCAAGGAUGAUGAGUAAAGUGAAAUCAGAGGUCGAUGUAUUUGGUAUGUCUGUUGAGGAUAUAGAUUUCCUUGAUCAAGUAGUCCACAACUUGCAGAAGAUUUUUGACAGUGGCUUCUUCCAUCGACUGGUGCUAGUAGAUUCACCUUUGUGUUCUUCAAUAGACCUUGUUAGGUCCAACAAGAAACUUCUAGAUGCAUUUUAUUCUUGCUUUGCUGAGAGCAGUUCUGAAAUCAUUCUACGUGUUGGAUCUUCGAAGGAACUCCCAUCUGAUCGGAAGACUAUACUCCAUCUUCUAGCUCUUCUUUUAUUCUUCAUAUCGGCAACUGAUGAAACUCCUGACAAGAAAUCCAUGAAACUACUAAUGGAGAUAUUGCAGAUGGUUCCAGUGGUCUAUAUUGAAGGUGGAAAGUGCAUCAUGCUAUCUGAUUUAAUGAGGUGUUAUUGCCCUCCAGCACUAUCUUUGCUGCCUCCCAUUAAGGAAGCCUGUGAAGCUUUUGGAAUCAUGAAGAGUAACUAUUUGGCGCAUUUAAAUGAAGUACACUCAAGGGAUAUUGAAGCCAUAAACGAUUCACUGUCUUGUUGGUCUGUUUCAUUCCAGUCAGCUGUUCAUCCAUCGUCGCAGAUGUUGACUGAAGAAUGGGUUCGGCAUCUCCAGAAGCAAAUUUUGCAGGGAGUACUGCUUGCAGAUAGAAUACAUAUGCUUGUUCAGUCUGUGCUCGACCUACAUACACAUCUUAAGGUUCCACUGAGACGGGAGAAAGCCAAGUCUCUUUGUCAAAUGAUUGUGGCUCUGAAGUCCAUAGGAGACUUGUUCAACACAAGAGGGCCCAGCAUAAUACGUAGUCUUCCUCACAUCAUCAAUAUCAUUCAAUCAGAUAUUGAACAGCUCAUACUACCAUUGAAGGAUAAACUGCAAACUGAAAUUGCCAAGGCAGAUCAAGUGAGCAAAACAGGUUUUCUUAGCUUGUUGAGACGUGAGUUGGAGACAAAGCUUCUUGAUUCACUGUCAUUGGUAUUGAUAUCCUUGCAAUUGCUUGAAGGAGGUGGAAGUUCUUCGAGGCAGCUGACACUUUCUAUUACCAUGGAUAUUCUACACAGUCUGGGUCACUUGGAUGUUGAAUUGGGUAGAGUGAGGAAGCUUAUAUUGAAGUUCAGAAUUCUUUCAAAUUGCCAGUCCCUGAUUGAUGAAAGAACAAACUGUAGCUUCUUGUACUGGAGAAAGGAGAUGCUUUCAAUUUGGUUAUCCAUGGUAUAUGGAGAUGCUUGCAAAUUGUCUUGGAUACAAAACAUCAUUGAUUCAUUUUCUGAUGGAACAUUGCUCCUUGGGCUUGGGAAUGUGGGCCCAGUUGCUCUUCGGAGUUAUGAGGAAGACAUUGAGAAUGCUUUGAGGGAGGAGGUGGUUGCUCCACUGUGCAGGGACAUUGAGACUGAUCUCCGACUUCAUGUUCAUUCUACUCAUUUGAAAGGAGCAGUUGAUGUGAACCCAACAAAGACUGGGGUUCGUAAUCUUUCAUGGUACUUACGAAUGAGGCCCUUGAGGUUACCUGUCAAGUUUGUUGAUGUUAAAUUGCUAGUGGAAAAUCAUCUAAAUUCUGCGUUCUAUACGUACUCUGUGAUGCCUAAUUAUGAUGACAAGAUGUUUAUUGAGAAUGAUCUGGAUGGCCAAGGCCGAAAAAAUUUAAGAGUUUUCUGUGUUGAACACAUUGCAUCAUCAACAGCGAUGUGCAGUUUGCAGCAAAUUUCUGCAGCUUUGGACUCCAUUUUGAUGUUUUUAGACAGGAUGGUUUCAGAUCUGGAUGUGUUGCUUCAAAGCAACGCCGACCUCCAUAUGUUAAAGGAUUUAAAACAGUUAGAGAACACUAGGGUAUCCAGUGCACACCCUGCUAUCCAAGGAGAGCUGAAAGUUACCAUAGGGAAGCAUGGAAUUGGAGACCAUACUCUGGGUUUCCUUGAACAAGUACAAGCUGUGGUGUAUAGAAUAGGAAAUGCAGUAGGCCUGAUGAGAAUGCUUGCUGCUGGUUGUACCCGUUAUUCCAACAGCAUCUCAAGAUAUGCAAGAAUGUCCAACUAUGACUUGAGCUACUCGACAAGUUGCAAGAUAGUGGGUUGGGAUUAUGACAUUGCUGAAACUGGGAAGAUACUGGAUAUGGAGGCAAGAAACGAGGAAGCACUGGAUAAGAGGAUUCAAACCUUUCUAAGGUUGGUUACCUACAUUAGACAGAAGAUUCUGAGCAAUGAGCUUAAAGCAAUGGAUGACUUUUUCCAAAUUGUUCCAUUGCUCAUUGCCAACAUGGUGGACAAUAGGGUGCUUCUCAAGGAUAAACUAUUGAGACGAGGGCAUGAAGCCAAGAACACCAUUCAUACCUAUGAUAGUUUCCUAUUAGGGGUUGCUUUUAUCCUCAAGGUAUUGGAACAAGAAAACCAUUUUGAUGAACUCAAUUGGUUUGCUUCCACAAAAACAAAAUUUGAGGGAGAGUCAGAAAACAAGGCCAACAAAAUAGAUGCAAGCACAGAUAGGUCUGCUUUCACCAAUCUGAAACUUUGGCGUGCAACUCCAUCAGUUGGAACAGAACAUCAUAAGGAACACUGUCAUGAGCACAACGCAGAGAUGGGUCGUUCAUUUGUAUUGUAUGCAUUUGGAACAUGUAAAUUCAGAAUCCAUGAGCCUGAAUUGUAUCCAAGUCUCAUUUGGAUGAUUCGAAUUUUGACUGAUUUCUCAGAAAUUGAAUGGUUCGGUUCUCUUUGA